GUGUUGAGGACCUUUGGUCAAUGGAAUAACACGGCGAGAUGUUUGAGCCGAACCCAAGCGUGGAAGUCUCCUUUCUCUUCGGCUGCUGAACUCCAGACGCAUUUCUGCCUGCUGCAGUUUCGUUUGGGCUUGUGAUCAGCAGAUGCAUCUGAACCACAACCAGAAGCUACUGUUCAUGGCUACACAAUGAAAGCCCAAUUACAGAUAACAGUUUUGUCGGCUAAGCUGAAAGAGAACAAGAAGAACUGGUUCAGGCCUAGUCCGUAUGUGGAAGUAGCUGUAGAUGGUCAGUCAAAGAAAACAGAGAAGUGCACCAACACACACAGACCCAAAUGGAAGCAAUCACUCACAGUAAUUGUUACCCCGUUCAGCAAGUUAAUUUUCCGCGUCUGGAGUCAUCAAACUCUCAAAGCAGAUAUACUGUUGGGAAUGGCAACUUUAGAAGUCAGUGAGACCCUCAAAUCCAAUGACAUGAAGAUCCACGAGGUGAUACGGACUCUCCCUCUGAGUGCAGACACGGACAGCAGUGACUUGGUGGGAGAUCUGUCUGUGUGUCUGGAUGGAAUGCAGGUGGAUCCUGAAACAUUUGCUUCAGAGGAACAGAAGCUCAAUGAUCUAGCAAAUAGGGACUCUAAGCAAGAUACUGGAGGAAGAUCGAGUCGAGAUUCCUCACCCUCCAGUGAUAUUGCCGAUGAUACUUCUCUGCCCAAUGGUCAUGCUGUGGGAAGUACAGAGUCUCCCUCAACUUCCACAGGAGCUCUGCGACCUCCAAGGCCCCCCAGACCCCAGAGACCACCUCCUUCCUCCCACCAAAGACCAAACUCCUCCACAGCUUCCUCUACUGGCUCUACUCCAACUCAUGGCAGUCGUGGUCCAAGUCCAGACUCAUCCCCGCGCCCAUGUGUGAAUGGAGAGGCGGCAAACCAGGGAUCAAACUCGGGUUCAGGGUCGGCUCUGACAGUAAGCCCCACUCCCCGCCAAGUGUCCCCCAUCAACAACGGCCCCCUUCCUCCUGGCUGGGAACAGAGAGUGGAUCAGAAUGGUCGUAUCUACUAUGUGGAUCACAUUGAGAAAAAGACCACCUGGGAGAGGCCUGAUCCUUUGCCUCCGGGCUGGGAGCGUCGUGUGGACACGAUGGGCAGAGUGUAUUAUGUGGAUCACAUUAGCCGGAGCACGACAUGGCAGCGGCCCACUGCAGAGUCCGUGAGGAAUUAUGAGGAGUGGCAGAGCCAGCAGAACCAGUUACAGGGAGCCAUGCAACAGUUCAACCAGAGAUUUAUUUUCGGGCUACAGGAUCAGCUAGGGCCAACUCCUAAUAAAGAGUUCGAUCCACUGGGUCCUUUACCACAGGGCUGGGAAAAACGAACUGAUGCAAACGGGAGAAUGUAUUUUGUUCAUCAUCCUACACGGACAACACAGUGGGAGGAUCCUCGUACUCAAGGGUUGCUGAAUGAAAAGCCCCUGCCAGAAGGUUGGGAGAUGAGGUUCACUGUGGAUGGGAUUCCAUAUUUUGUUGACCACAACAGGAGAGCGACCACCUACAUUGACCCCCGCACAGGCAAAUCGUCUCUUGAAAAUGGACCUCAGAUUACUUAUGUGCGCGACUUUAAAGCCAAGGUGCACUAUUUCCGCUUCUGGUGUCAGCAACUAGCAAUGCAGCAGCACAUCAAAAUUCACGUCAGUCGCAAGACACUAUUUGAGGAUUCGUUUCAGCAGAUCAUGAGCUUCCACCCGCAAGAUCUGAGGCGCAGAUUAUGGAUCAUCUUUCCAGGAGAGGAGGGAUUGGACUAUGGAGGAGUAGCUAGGGAAUGGUUUUUCCUGUUGUCUCAUGAAGUUUUAAACCCCAUGUACUGUCUUUUUGAAUAUGCGGGUAAAGACAACUACUGUCUGCAGAUCAACCCUGCCUCAUCCAUCAACCCAGACCACCUCAAAUAUUUCAAGUUCAUUGGAAGAUUUAUUGCCAUGGCUCUGUUUCAUGGCAAAUUCAUAGACACCGGCUUCUCUCUGCCCUUUUAUAAGCGGAUCUUGAACAAGCCUCUGGCUCUGAAAGACCUGGAAUCCAUUGACCCUGAGUUCUACAACUCCCUAAUCUGGAUCAAGGAGAAUAACCUGGAGGAGUGUGGGCUGGAGAUGUAUUUCUCAGUGGAUAAGGAGAUCUUGGGUGAGAUCACUACUCAUGAGCUGAAGCCAGACGGAGGAAACAUUCUCGUAACAGAGGAAAAUAAGGAAGAAUAUAUCAGGAUGGUGGCAGAGUGGAGAUUAUCCAGGGGGGUUGAGGAACAGACUCAAGCUUUCUUUGAAGGUUUUAAUGAAGUCUUGCCUCAGCAGUACCUGCAGUACUUCGAUGCCAAAGAGCUGGAGGUGAUGCUGUGUGGAAUGCAGGAGAUCGAUCUUUCAGACUGGCAGAAGAACACAAUCUACAGACACUAUGCUCGUAGCAGCAAGCAGAUCGUCUGGUUCUGGCAGCUCAUGAAAGAAAUGGACAACGAGAAGAGGAUGCGUUUGCUACAGUUUGUGACUGGUACUUGCAGGCUUCCUGUUGGGGGGUUUGCUGACCUCAUGGGGAGCAAUGGGCCGCAGAAGUUCUGCAUUGAGAAAGUGGGAAAAGAAAACUGGCUUCCACGGAGCCACACAUGUUUCAACCGUUUGGAUCUGCCUCCCUAUAAGAGCUACGAGCAGCUCAAAGAAAAGUUGAUGUUUGCUAUCGAGGAGACGGAAGGCUUUGGCCAAGAAUGAUGCAUACAUCCGCACCCCUGCAUGUCCUUUUGCACGUCUCCUUAGCAGCAGUUGACCAUUCAGACUCAUCUAAGAGAAUGCUGAUGAACGAAUGAGAGAGCGAGAGAGCGCAAGAUGACGUGAGAGCAUCAUUCCUUCAUCACAUCAACCAGGCUCACAUGUUCCCUCUGAUUUAAGAUGCGUUCGAAAUUUCACUCUUUUGCGGUAAUGCUGCCUUUUGUUUCAUUCAAGUCAUCUAUGCACCAGAAUGCCUGGGCUUAAAUAAACAUAAAUAAACCCCACUUAUGACACACGCACGCACACAAACACACACCCACAGUACAGGCUCUGCACCCUGGUUGACUGGAUUCACAAUUAGGAGUUUACUAGACUAUUUUCCUAUUUAGUUUUGAACCUUAUACAUGCCUUGUUAACAGUUGGGCACAUUUUUCUGGCAGCACUUAUAGCUCGACCGCAUGCAUGAAUAUUUCAUUUCAUUUUAGGUAACUGUCCAGAUCUGCAGAGUUUUAGAAUCUCAUUCAGAAAGUUUUCACACUGAUAAAGUGCUUUGAGAUAUGAGAAAUUUACCUGAGGGUAUGAGAGUCAAUAAGCAUAUAAAGCAUCGGGUUAUUAAAUAAAUCUCUGAGGAAAAACCUGGAGCGCAUCAUCAUCUACUUUUCAUCUCCAGCUCAGUGGAACCAUUCCCAUUUUAGAAAUGGGUGCAUGCUUUUGGUGUACGUUAAGCCAUCUGAUUCCUGAACCUUAAUAACCCUAAUGUGAAAGCAGUUAUUAUUGGUCCAAGUUUGUUUUUCCCAUCUUUUUAAAUGAUAUACAAAUCCCACAUAUUUUCUGAAAAUCUUUUCGAAAGUGAGCGAGGCAGAAGAUGCAUAAAGCAUAUUUUAAUACUAGCACAGACAUCAUCAAGGUAAACUGACUUCUAAUUCUGGUUGAUGUGAUUAUGCUUUGAUCUGGGAAAGAAAAAAAAAUUUAACCAAAAAAAACAAAAGGUUAAGGUGCACCUUAAAUGCAUUUAAUAUCCAUUUCAAAAAUCCAUUUUUUCCCCCUUUGUUGUCAAGGCCCUGAAAUGUUCUGAAUUGAGAUGAUUUUCAUUAGAUGCAAGUCUGACCAUGCACUUGUCACUUUCUAGUUUUCUGAGCAGGUUUAGAUUUCUCCAGAACUUCUCCAGAAAAGCUCUAUCCCUUUAAAGACUCUGCCACGUUUUAAUAUAAGAAUCAAACAUUGAAUACAUUCACCAGUACUGAUAUUGCUUGGGCAUUUCAGGUCUCCAACUGCUAAAAGGUGCUUCAUUUUCAUUUCUGUUGGUUUCUUUUUUUUUUAAAAAUAAUUGAUGGGGUGUUUGCUUUAGCAAGUAGAAUUAUCGAAGCAAUGUUGUGUAUUUAAUCUGCUAUGUUAAUAUACAAUUUGAAAAGAAAAUUCUAGCAUCCUAGUUUUGAAAAGAAUAGCGAGGUAUCUGCUGUUACCAUAGAGUCCGAUUACAUCUUGUUGGGGAAAACAAACACAUUUUUCGUAGUAAGAUUAGCAUAUCCCUGAACCAAACCACUCCACUCUCGAAACUGUGAGCCUUUGUCAUUAAUGUGGAUGUGGUAGUAGUUUUUUUUUUAUUAUUAUUCAUAAAACUAACAGAUAUGCCUGAAUUGGUCAGGCGUAUUGAUUUUAUUUCCAUGUAUCAGCACAAUAAUAAAGCAGAUGAAUGCACUGCAGUUUGAAUUAGUUGUCUGGUUUUAAAAAAGAAAGAAAGAAGUGAACAGAUCUGCAAUCUGUUUUGUUUUCUAAUUACUGAAUUAUCUUUCCUGAUAUGGAAUUGAUGCAAAAUUGUAAUACCAUGUUGUGAUGUGAAGUGAGAUGGAUUCCAAUGCUGAACAUUAAAUGGAUGGAGUUAUCUUUAUUUCUGUGAAAUCUAUAAUUUAUUUUGUGAAACGUAGUGGUUCUCAUUUUUCAAAGAGCUUCAAUGUCAGGAAGUGUUUGUGCACCACUGUUUUGAGAGUAUCGUUUCAACUUACAGACAACACAAUGCACACCAGACAUAACAGAGUACUCCGUACUUGAUCUUGAUUUCAAAACCAUGUAGCCGAAAUGAAUCUACAUAUCAAUACUGAGAUCAUCCACCGACUUGUUCUAUUGAUUGCUAAUGCAGCUCUAAGCGCUUCAACAGAAGAUUUAUCAGCAAAUCGCAGUCGAUAUUUUGUUUCCGAUGCCCAUCAUCCUCCACCCCACCCCUGUAAUGUGCUCAUGACUUAACCAUUUGUAGGUAAGCAGAAAGUUUCAGACUUUCAUCUCUUUAUUUUCUUAUCUAACAAAGACAUUGUAAAUCUUGUAACAUUUAGCUUAUCUUUUAAUAAGUGGGGUUUAAUGUUAUUUUGAACGAAUUUUAUUUUUCUUAUGUGGAUGUGUACAGUUGGUUGAUUCUUGUCGAAAUAUUCUGAACUGAAGAAAUAAAUAUAUAAUGCAUUA